UCGGACAUCAUGAGCAACGAAAUCUCUUCUGCUGCUGGGCAGAAUCUAGCCUACAGCGGCGACGAAAAGGAUGAAAAGACUCUAGGCGCCUUGGGAAUCGACAAUGAGGUCGAGAUCAAGGCCGCUGACAAUGAUUACUCUCAUCUGGACGGGACCGAAGAGGUCGCUGUCAUGGAGUGAGUGAUAUGGCUUGCCUGCCAAGAUUUGUAAUGACGGUCACAGUGAUCUCCAGCUGUCCUCCGAAGAGAUUGAGGAUCUCGAAGAGAAGCUCAACUCGAUGACCUUGGAAAGGACCAUCAAAAUCAUUCGACAGGUUCGAGAGAUCCACAAGUAUGAUCAGAACUUUCCUGGAGCCGCUCUUGAGAAGAUCAAUCAGUUCCUCGACGAUCCUACAGCUCUGGACGGAGGUAAACACAGCGAUCUCAUUCGAGAAAUGAAAAUCGAAGCCAUCUUGUCGACCGAAAACUCGCCUUAUACUGAGGUUCGAGCCAAUGUUGACCCUACCGAUGAUCCUGAUAUGCCAUCUUUGACUUUCCGAGUUUGGGUCAUGGGUAUCAUCUUUGCCGGUGCCGGAUCAUUCAUCGAUACGUUCUUCAACGUACGACAGCCUCCUGUCAUCGUCGGAGCAAACAUCGCCCAAUUAUUGGCAUACCCCAUCGGUAAAUUCAUGGCACAAUCCUUACCCACCAAGAAGUUUAACUUCUUCGGCCGUGAAUGCAGCUUGAACCCUGGCAAAUUCAGCAAGAAGGAGCAUAUGCUCAUCACCAUCAUGGCGUCCGUCUCCUUCUCCGCCCCGUACACCAACUAUAUCGUACCGGUCCAAGCCCUCGACAUCUUCUUCGGCCAGCACUACGCCUACAGUUUUGGUUACCAGAUCCUCAAUACGAUCGGUACCAACUUUGUGGGGUAUGGUCUCGCCGGGUUGACUCGACGAUUCUUAGUCUACCCCGCUGCUGCCGUUUGGCCAUCAUCCCUCGUCACCAUCGCUUUGAACAAGGCUUUCCACACCGAAGUCAAUGAGCCUGUCCCGGGACCUUUGGGCAGGACUUGGCGCAUGUCUCGGGAGAAGUUCUUCCUGAUCGCUUUCACUGCCAUGUUCUUCUACUUCUUCUUCCCGGCGUUCAUUUGGCAGGGGCUGUCAUACUUCGACUGGCUCACGUGGAUAGCACCUGAGAACGUCAUGUUGACCGCGGUGACGGGAUCCAUUGCGGGACUAGGAUUGAACCCCGUGCCCACGUUUGAUUGGAAUCUAUUCAACAUCUGGUUCACACCUCUUACUAUCCCCACAUUCUCCGUUAUGAACCAGUUCGCGGGCAUGAUCGUCUCCUUCUUUGUCGUUCUCGGUGUUUGGAUGACCAAUAAGUGGAACACUGGAUACCUGCCCAUCAACAGUAACCACACGUUUAACAACAAAGCAGGCCGAUAUGCCGUCGCCAAGAUUCUCGAUGAAGAGGGACGAUUUGUCGAUUCCAAGUACCAGGAAUACUCUCAACCUUGGAUGUCGGCCGGAUAUGUCAUUUCCUUCCUGUUCUACUUUGCCAUGUAUUCCGCCACUGUCUCGUAUGUGGCUCUGUACCAUCGUCACGACAUUAUGAUUGGAGCCAAGAAUAUGUGGCACAGUGCGAGACGAGCGAUCAAACGUGAACGAGUCGAAGAGGACGAGGAUGAUCUCUCGCAAGAUAUCCAUCAACGAUUGAUGAAGCGAUACAAGGAAGUUCCAGAAUGGCACUACUUCAUCGUCCUCUGUGUGGCGGCCGCAAUCGGAAUGAUUGGGGUUGGUGUUUAUCCCACCAACACAUCCCCAGUGGUCGUCGUAUUUGGAAUCUUGAUGCCUCUGAUCGCAAUGGUUCCUAUUGGUCUUGUACAAGCAGUGACGGGCAUUCAGGUCGGUCUGAACGUAUUGGCCGAGUUCAUUGGAGGCUCCUUCGUCCAAGGAAACGCUGUGGGACUCAUGUACUUCAAGACAUAUGGGUAUAUCAGCACGUACCAAGCGUUGUUGUUCAGUAACGACUUGAAACUGGCUCAUUACCUCAAGAUUCCACCCAGACAUACCUUUGCGUGCCAGAUGGUAGCGACACUGAUCAAUUGCUUCAUCUCUACCGCCUUGCUCAACUUUCAAAUGUCAUUCAAGGGCAUUUGCACAGCCGAUGCGCAAUUCAGCUUCACUUGCCCUGGACAGAAUACCUUCUUCACCAGCGCAGUCUUUUGGGGAACGCUCUCGCCAAAGAGGUUAUUUGGUGCUGGCAAAAGGUAUAAUUUGAUGCUCCUUGGAUUCCCUAUCGGUGCUGUACUGCCUGUGAUCCAUUUCUACCUCAGAAAGAAGUACCCCAAAUCCGAGUUCCUUAGACAAGUCCACCCAGUCAUGCUCAUGGCGGGACCUGCUAUCUGGGGACCACCCUACAACCUUUCGUACUUCUGGCCAAACGUCCCUGUCGUCUGGUUCUCUUGGCAAUUCCUCCGAAAGCACUAUAAUGGAUUCUGGCGAAAAUACAACUUCGUCCUUGCGGCUGCUUUCCCUGCCGGAAUCGCCAUCUCCGCCGUCGUCAUCUUCUUCGCCCUUGAGAUUCCUAACGGCGGCUUGGCCAUCGAUUGGUGGGGCAAUGCCGUCGUUGGAUCUGGCUGCGAAGGCGGCGGAUGUCCUUACCUGGAACUCCCGGAACAGGGUUACUUCGGACCUGCACCGGGAACCAACUCGUUCACCUAAGGUGGCGCCAAAGUGGCCCACAGAUGUUCAAUCGGGUAUGUGUCCAUAGCGAUUUGUAGCGACGUCGUCUUGAUACAUGUAUGCUUGAGCAGUCAAGGGUGCAAGGGCGAAUCUGGUGCGGAUGGAUGUAAUUCAGUCUGAUGUGCAAGCCCACGAAUGACGGGUCACACCGAGAUCCUUUAAAGAGGGAAGAAAUCUGCCCAUGAAUUUGAUCUGU